AAGAAACAUCUGAUGAUAAUAUUGAUUUAUCAAUCUUUCAUGAAUGUAUAAGUGUUAUUGAAAGAAAUAAUUCUUUAAGAACAGGUUACAGGCGAGUAAGAAGGACACGUAGUAUUUGUUGGUUUAAUAACAUAUGUAAUAAUUGGGAAAAUGUAGAAUUUAAGCGGCAUUUUAGAAUAACAAAAACUACAUUUGAAUGGUUAUGUACUGAAAUAGCACCUUUACUAUUACAAAGAAAUAAUCAAAGAGGCGCUCCAAGAAUUCCAAUUAAACAUAAAGUUUCAUUAACUUUAUGGUUUUUAGCUACUGGUCAAAGUUAUAGAACACUUGGACAAUUAUUUGCAUUAGGAGAAUCAACUAUAUGCUAUAUUAUUAGAUCUGUUCUAUAUACAAUUAAAUGUCACUUUCUUUCAUCAAAAAUUCGAUUUCCUAAUAAUCAUGUUGAAUUCA